AUGGCACUCAAUACCUUGGUCACUCGUUUGUGGUACCGCAUUGUCCUAGGACUUGCACUUCUGGGAAUUUGCCAGGCCAGCCCCGCUGCUAUUCGUGGAGAGCAAGCCUACUCGAAAUAUGAUUCCUCUCUGCUGCAGAAUCUGACUGUUUCCCGUCGGGAACUUGAUCAACUUGACGAUGGCCUACAUUUCCUCUCAAAGCGCGCUCCCCCGGUUGACGUGGCUCAGGGAGCCGAGAAAGCUGAACACGAAUUGUUCUGUUAUCUGAGGGCCGACACUGCCCCUCAUUCGGAUUGGACAAUUGACCAGUUGAACAAUUAUUGGACCUUUGAGGAAUAUCCCGCAGCUCCUGGAGGCACCACCGGAUCAGGCGUGCUUAUGCCUCAGGCGCUGGCAGCGUUGAAUAUUCCCCAGAAGGCUGGAGAAAAAGGCGUUACCGGGUUCUAUUGGGUACAGAAUCAAGAGUUCCCUUGGCAGGGCAGAGAUCAACUUGCAACAUAUGGUUUCUACCAGGGCAGUAUGAGCGUCGAAGCCGGUUACAUCUCAUCAGAGUGGAGCGAGAACCCCAAGCAAAAGGCGGGCGCUCCAUAUCCGGAACCGUACAAGCUCUCGGACGUCUUGUUCCUUGAGUGGCAGAGAGAGGCUGAGGAUAAUGGUCAGAACAUCAAGAACCUCAAAUACUUUUUCCGUGUCAACGUCGUGAACGAGGACUCCCUGAGAAUUAUCAACGAAGCCACAGGCAACGUGAUCAAGGAAUGGCCCGGAACUUCCUUCGAUAUGUCAACCCCCGAGGGCAAGGCUAUCCUGCGAACUCCCAACGGUGUCGGAGUCGCAUACUUCCUUAUCAACCACAAGCCCGAGUUGGGCAAGAGGAUUCCCACCAAGGUGACCGUUUUCAAAACUAUGGAUGGCGCCAAGCAGAGUAUUCACCUGCUAUUCUACAUUGGCGUGUCCAGAGGAAGAAGGUAG